UGGGGCCCCGCGUGUGUCCGCCCAGGGAGCUGCCCCGUUGGAAGGUUACCUCCGAGGCCUCCCGCGCCCUGAGCGGACAGCAGGUUGGGAUGGUAUCCAGGGAAGCCCCGGAGCCUGCCCAGUGCCUGUGCCCCCUGCUGCCCGGCCCCAAUGCCAAGGAUGUGCUUCGGAGAAAGCACAAGCGGAAGAGCCGGCAGCACCAGCGGUUCCUGGCCCGCAAGGCCUUGCUGCAGGAGCAGGGGCUGCAGAGCUCCCCUCCGGAGCCAGCACCCUCCCCACCGCCCGUGCCACCGGAGGCACCGCCAGGCACCGAGGGCCCCAGGGCUGACUCUGGAGGUGCCCGGGGCCACAGAAAGGCCUCCCCCAGGGAACCCGCGGGGCCCUGGCCUAGCAGAUGCGUGGCUAUCGACUGCGAGAUGGUGGGCACCGGGCCCUGCGGGCGGGUGAGCGAGCUGGCCCGCUGCUCCGUGGUGAGUUACCAUGGCGACGUCCUGUACGACAAGUACAUCCGGCCCGAGAUGCCCAUCGUGGACUACCGCACCCGCUGGAGCGGCAUCACCCGGCAGCACAUGCGCCAGGCCAUCCCCUUCCCGGCGGCCCAGAAAGAGAUCCUCAAGCUCCUCAAGGGCAAGGUGGUGGUGGGACAUGCCCUGCACAAUGACUUCAAGGCCCUCAAGUACGUGCACCCUCGGAGCCAGACCCGGGACACCACCUACGUCCCCAGCCUCCUCAGCCAGCCCGGCCUGCACACCCGCGCCCGCGUCUCGCUUAAGGAACUGGCCCAGCAGCUGCUGCACAAGAAAAUCCAGGUGGGCCGGCACGGACACUCGUCCGUGGAAGACGCCGUGACGGCCAUGGAGCUGUACCGGCUGGUGGAGGGGCCGUGGGAGCAGGAGGCCAGCCGCCUCUGGGCGUGCCCCGAGGACAGGGAGCCCGACAGCAGCCCGGACGUGGAGCAGUACAUGCAGGACCAGUACUGGCCCGAGGACCUGGGCCCAGGCGCCAGCGGGGCGCAGGGGCAGGCACAGGACGGGAGGGCGUGAGGGAGGAGAGGAUCGGGGUGGCCUCCGGUCGGGGAGUGGGGCCAGGAGGGCACUGGGCACGUCACCUGGUCCCGUCCCCAUAGCCAGCCCUUUCCUGGGCUGUAGUCACCCUCAAGCCCCUGGCUUUGCUGAUGGCACUUUACGGACAGCAGGAGAUGUCCAGUGGACCAGCACCAGGGCCGUGGGACUGUCCCAGGCUGUCACUCCCACCCCUGGGGGAAUGGGGUGCGUGUUGGCUGGGGCUCUGGCAGUGGUGAGUGAGCCCGCCCUCCUUCAGGCACUUUGAUGAUCACAGUGGUGGCUGGGUUUCCUCCAAAUUUCCAUUUGGGGUACAGGGGUAACAAAGCUCAGGUCCAUCAGACCCCUGAGCCUCUGUCACUUCGUAGCUUUGAGACCUUGGGCACCUGUGUGGCUUCUCUCGGGAGCCUGUCACGUGGGGACAAUGGGCUGACCUACCUCAGGGUGGGUAUGAGGAGGAAUGCCGGCACGCAGCACGGUGCCCGGCACACGCAGGCCCGGGUCCACGUGAGCCGCUGUUGUCCCUGAAGGAUCCGUGUCGGCCGCUUCGGGGUAACGCCCGGACACGCCCCGGUGGCAGGACUUUGGCCCUGGCUCAGGGUUAACUCCUCGCUCGGCUGCUCCAGCAGGUGGAGCAGGUCCCGUGGGGAGGUUCCGGGUGCUCGCCGCUCUCCACGCCGGGUGACCCCAGUCCCCCUGCUGUGUGCGGAGGCGGCUGCGGGUGCUCAGGGGGUCUGAGCGGAGCGGCGGGGCCGGGAGGAGACCCACAGCCACAGUCCCGUGCCCGGGCUGCAGGCCCAGCAGACUCCAUCUCCUUCCUUCCCGUCUGCAGCGCGGGGAGCGGCUGAGCCACGGCCCGGCUGGCGCGGCUCCAGCUCCGUGUUCUGGAUUCCUCGACAGUCUAGACUCUAGACGCACAGCCGGGCAGCGGCUCCUGUUCCUUUGCCUGUGGGAGGGAGAUGAAGCCGUUAUUCGUGUUUUAGAAACGGACGGGGUUCUGAGUCAGCAUCGCUGCAGCACUGCUCUGGAAUAAACCUAUUGGGAAAGCG